AUAAUGUUAUAAAUGAAUUCCAUAGGCAUUGAAAUAGUAAAGGAUGAAUAAUGUAUACAAAAAUAAAAAUGCAGCAACAAUUAGAGAGUUGAAUAUAAUAAAAAUAGUUUUUUUGAUGAUGAAUUUUUAAAGAAGAAAGAAAAGAGAAAUCGAAAAUUUUUCUUGAAGAGAUAAAUCUCUAUGGUAUAGGUUUGCAAGCAAACUGGCCAAAUAGACUUAUAGUUAGGGUCUGACUUUUUGCAUAUAGAGAUAAUGCAAGGUGGUCAUUUUCCUUUGAAUUAAUAUAAUUUAAAAGAUAUUCCCUCAGAGAUAUAUCAUAAUGAUUAAGAAUGCCUAUCCUCAAAUAUUAAGACUAGUCUUAUAACUGCAUCAAAAAAUCUACUCAAAAAGGUGAAAACAUUUCAAUCUUCAUUAAAUUACAAAUCUUUAACAUAAAUUUAAUAAUAAUCAGAUGCUAACGAACUAUGUUAAAAUUUCAAAAUUAAAGAAAAUUAAAUUACUCACUCUUAAAACUAAUUUUUUGAUCAAAAAUUUCAAAUUAAAGAAAAUAAAAUAUUUGCUAGACAAAUUGAAGAGGCCAAACACAUUUUAUUAAAUCAACACUAAGCUUUUUAAUUUAUUCUUUAAUGA